UUAAAUCAGCCAAACCCUUACACUCCUUAUAAAUUCCAAAACGUCUCGCCUAAACCAAAACCCUCCUCUCUUAAACCUCGCUGCUCAUCUCAUCUAGGGUUUAGGGUUUCUCAUCCGCCAUGGCCAACAACAAGCUAGAUAUGUCCGAUCUCACCGCAGCUCUUACUGCGGAGGAUCGUGCUGGACUCGUGAACUCCUUGAAGGAUAAACUGCAAAAUUUGGCUGGACAUGACUCUGUUGUUCUUGAGAAUUUGACUCCAGCUGUUAGGAAGCGAGUUGAGGUUUUGAGAGAAAUUCAGAGUGAACAUGAUGAGCUAGAGGCGAAGUUUUUUGAAGAGAGAGCAGCACUUGAAUUGAAAUACCAGAAACUGUACCAGCCGCUGUACGCAAAGAGAUACGAUAUAGUAAAUGGUGUUGUUGAAGUUGAUGGAUCAAAGGAUAAUUCCGCAACUGAUCAGGCAGAUGGUAAUUCAAAAGAAGAAAAGGGUGUGCCUGAAUUUUGGCUAACCGCAAUGAAGACCAAUGAAAUUUUGGCAGAGGAGAUUUCAGAACGAGACGAAGAUGCUCUAAAGUAUCUGAAGGACAUUAAGUGGUGCCGGAUUGAUGACCCCAAGGGCUUUAAGCUCGAGUUCUUUUUCGAUACCAAUCCAUAUUUCAAAAACUCAGUUUUGACCAAAGUAUAUCAUAUGAUCGAUGAAGAUGAGCCUAUUUUAGAGAAGGCAAUAGGGACGAAUAUUGAAUGGCUACCGGGAAAAUGCCUGACACAGAAGAUAUUAAAGAAGAAGCCAAAGAAGGGAUCAAAAAAUGCUAAACCUAUCACUAAGACCGAAGAUUGUGAAAGCUUUUUCAACUUUUUUAACCCUCCACCAGUGCCUGAGGAUGCCGAUGAUCUUGAUGAAGAAGAGGCUGAAGAACUUCAAAACCGAAUGGAACAAGAUUAUGACAUUGGUUCAACCAUACGGGACGAAAUUAUCCCUCACGCUGUUUCAUGGUUUACGGGUGAGGCUGCCGAGGAUGAUGAGUCUGAUGGCAUAGGAGAAGAUGACGAUGAAGAAAUUAGUGAUGAUGAAGAUGAAGAUGAAGAAAUGGACGAUGACGAAGAUGAUGAGGAUGAUGAUGAAGUUGAAGAGGAAAGCAAGACCAAGAGGAAAACAAAGCAGAAAGGCAGCAUCUCAAAUGGCGCUACAGGAGAAAACGGCGAAAAACCUCCUGAAUGCAAACAACAGUAAUUUUGAGGUGGCAAUGGAAGUGGUUAUUUUUUUUUAAAUUUGGUUCGAGCGUAUGGAAUUGUUGGUUUUAGAGUUUUGUCCUAUUCUUUAUAUAGAUUCUCUCAUUUUGUGUAUGAGGUUUAUAUUUAUCUGUUAAGAUGACCAGAUUUUUGUUAGGUUACAUUCUUUAUUCAAGUUAUGUGUGUUUUUGGUCAUCUUGGGAGUGAAAUGAAACUGGUGUACCAUUUUUGUUA